AUGGCUCAUGGAUUUGGCCGACGACUCGUUUCCGGCCUUAUUUGUAUGGUCUUGAUAUACUUGAGAGCAUUUGUAGCCUCUUUCGAGCCGCAAGUCCCUUGUUACUUCAUAUUUGGAGACUCGUGGGUUGAUAGUGGCAACAAUAAUCAACUAGUGACAAAGGCAAAAGUCAAUUAUCCACCUUAUGGGGUCGAUUUUCCGGAAGGGAGUACUGGCAGGUUUACUAAUGGUCGAACCAUAGCAGAUAUCAUCGGUCAAUUUCUUGGUUUCAAUAAGUUUAUUCCGUCGUAUGCUAGUGUAAGGGACAAGGUAAUUACCACAGGUGUAAACUAUGGCAGUGGUAGUGCUGGCAUCCGAGAAGAAUCAGGAAGUGUAAUGGGUGAUCGGAUCAGCUUGGAUAAGCAAUUACUUCAUCACAAGUCAAUCAUUUCAAGACUGCCUCGCUGGAAAAGGAAGAGUAGAUUUUUACAACAAUGCAUCUACAUCGUUAAUAUGGGAAGCAACGAUUACUCAAACAACUUUUUCUUUCCCGGCGUUUAUAAUACAAGCAGCAUAUAUACCGACGAACAAUAUGCAGAAGUCCUUAUACAACAAUACUCUCAACAGCUAAAGACGCUGUAUAAAUUGGGUGGUCGGAAGAUUGUUGUAUUUAGUCUGGCUCUGCUAGGUUGCAGCCCUGUUUAUAUAGCAAGGUUUGGCACCAAAGGAAAACCAUGUGUAGAGCCAGUCAAUAACGCAGUAAAAUUGUUCAAUCGUAGGCUUUUGUCUCUCAUUCGUGAGCUCAACUCCAAUUACUCACAUGCAAGAUUCACAUUCAUCAAUCUUGAGAGCAUUCUAUCACCAGUGGGAGAUGUGCCAAUGUCACAUGAACCUUGUUGUGAGCUAAAGAAUGAGUGGCAAUGUAUUCCAAACUCUGCUCCUUGCCCUGUUCGAGAAUUUUCAUUUUUCUUCGACGGUUUCCAUCCAGCUGAAAUAUCGAAUAUGAUCAUUGCAACAAGAGCAUAUACCGCGUUCUCACCCACAGAUGCUCAUCCAUAUGAUAUAAGUCAUUUGGCUCAACUUUAGC